AGGAGAGGCCCCCAAGGAAGUGGUGUGGCCACUGCUCCUGGAGCCUCUUUUGUCUGCACCACUUGGGUCAGCUAAUUUUAUUGGCCUUCGGUCUACUUUUCCAAGAGGCCGUGGAAGUAUAAAUAAUAAAGCAAGAAAAGCAGAUCCGUUUGGCUGGCUCAGUGGAUUUCUCCUGAAUGCACUGACAACCUCCAAGGAAAAUGAACCCCAUUCUGGGCCUAGGCCUGCUUCUGGUUGGCCUCCUCACUGUGGAAGGUCUUCUGAAGCCUAAGGUCUCUCCAGAGAAUCAUGGAGCUCUGAGCCAGGCCCACGCGUGGAAGGGAAGAAGGGCAGCCCAGGAGCUCGCAAGGCGAAACACAGAAUUCGGCUUCAAGCUGUACAAGAAGCUGGCCUCCAGCAGCCCCAGCAGAAACAUCUUCAUAUCUCCCUUGAGCAUCUCUACAGCCUUCUCCAUGCUGUCUCUGGGUGCCCAAGACUCCACCCUGGACGAGAUCAAGCAGGGCUUCAACUUCAGGAAUAUACUGGGGAAGGAUCUUCAUGAGGGCUUCCAUUACCUCAUCCAAAGACUGAACCAGGGGAACCAGAGCCUUGAGCUGAGCCUCAAGAAUGCCUUGUUUAUCGACCAGAGGUUGCAGCCACAGGAGACGUUUCUGACCAAUGUCAAGAACCUGUACAGUGCAGAUACUGUCCCCAUCAACUUCCAGAACUUGGAAAAUGCUCAGAAGCAGAUCAAUGACUAUGUCAGUCAGAAAACCCAGGGGAAAAUCAACAACCUGAUCAAGAAUAUAGACCCUGGAACUUUGAUACUUCUUGUAAAUUGUAUUUUCUUUCGAGCCAGGUGGCAACAUGAAUUUGAUCCAAAAGUAACUAAAGAGGAAGAUUUCAUUCUGGAUGGAAACAAGCCAGUGAAGGUGCCCAUGAUGUUCCGUGGUGGCAUGUAUGAAGUUGGCCAUGACGACCAGCUCUCCUGCACGGUCCUGGAAAUGCCCUACCAGGGCAACAUCACUGCCACCUUCAUUCUUCCCGAUGAGGGCAAAAUGAAGCAGGUGGAGGAAGCCUUGAGCACAGACGCUUUUGCCAAAUGGAAAAAAUUAAUCACACGAAGGGUUGCAGACGUGUCCUUGCCCAGGUUCUCCAUCACCGGCACCUAUGACCUGAAGAAGACUCUCUCCCACCUGGGGAUCACCAAGAUCUUUGAGGAGAAUGGUGAUCUCACCAGGAUCUCCCCUGGUCGCAGCCUGAAAGUGGGCGAGGCGAUACACAAGGCUAAGCUGAAGAUGGAUGAGAAGGGCUCAGAGGGGGCUGCGGGCUCCGGAGUGCAGACGCUGCCCAUGGAGACGCCAUUCACAGUCAAGAUCAACAGACCCUUUCUGCUGAUGAUUAAAGAGAAGAUCACGAAUACGGUGCUCUUCUUGGGAAGGAUUGCCAAUCCUACUGGGAAAUAAGGGGGGAUUCCAGCUUGCUACAACCCCAACCAUGGCCUGGGGCUGAAAACGUUUCAUAUUCCUGGGACUGAGACCACAGGGAUGUUCCAGUCUAAUCCCACAUUAUCAUGAGCUCCCAAGACCCCUGUCCGAACAGGCAGCCCUGGCUCUCGGGGCUUCUGUGUGCCGUUUCCUCCCUUAUCGCCCCCUUGCCCAUUCAAAUAUCAGAUCAGAUGUGCCACCCCCACCCAUUUGGCAGUGAUCUCUCCCCCUGGCAGGCAGAGGGGUUUUGUGAUUUAAUA